CAAUAUAAAGUGGGGGAACAAAGAAGAUAGCACACCCACUAGAAACAUUUCUCUCUUUUCAAUUUUCAUUCUCUAUUGCUUUCAAAGCCUACUUCAAGAAUAUGGCUGAAGCACUAGUUAACGUUCUCCUAGAACGUUUGGCUACUAUCACCACGGACAAGGUCCGAAGAGAGUUGAACUUGGUCAUUGGAGUUGAGGAAGAAGUCAAAACGCUCACCAGCAAUCUCAUAGCAAUUCAAGCUGUGCUCAAGGAUGCAGAGGCGAGACAAGCAUUGGAAGCCGGCGUUAGACGUUGGCUGAAUCAACUGAAAGAAGUUUCCCACGAAAUGGAUAAUGUGUUGGAUGAGUGGAGCACUCAAGUCCUAAAGCAAAGAAUGGAGGGUGAAAAUGUGAAGAAGGGGAAAAAAUUUCUCCUUGUCUUAGAUGAUGUGUGGAACCCAAGACAUACUCAGUGGGAAGAAUUAGUUAAACCUUUUUGUCAUGGCGCUAUGGGUAGUAGAGUACUAGUGACUACUCGAAAUGAGGAAGUUGCUACUCUGAUGAAAGCAACUACUCAUGUCAUACAUAUGAAGCAGUUGAGUGAAGAAUUUUGUCUGUCAUUGUUUUAUUAUAAUGCAGACAGAGACAUAUGUAGUGAGUCUAAAAUGUUUCUGGAUGUUGGAGAAAAAAUUGUGAAAAAGUGCGAUGGCUUGCCUCUUGCUGCAAAGACAUUAGGUAGCCUCAUGCGCGACAAAAAAAUACUUAGAGAGUGGGAAGAUGUUUUAAAUAGUAAGUUAUGGGAGCUAGAAGAUAUUGAACAACAAGUUUUUCGACCACUAUUACUUAGUUACAAUGAUUUGACCUCAGAAAUCAGAAAUUGUCUUUUGUAUUGUGUUAUCUUUCCAAAAGAUUAUGUGUAUGAUAAAGAUAACUUAGUUGAGCUGUGGAUGUCACAAAAUUAUUUGAAUGUGGAAGAAAGCAAAGAAAUAGAAAGACUUGGUCAAAAGUAUUUUGACAAAUUAGCCGUGCGAUCUUUUUUCCAAGAAGUUGAGGUGGAUGAAUAUGAGAAAACAAAGUGCAAAAUACAUGAUAUUAUACAUGAUUUUAUGUUGUACAUGACGAAGAAUGAAUUUUUGACCGUGAAUGUUGGGCAACCUUACCUCUCGAGUGUAAACGAACAGGUUCAUCACUUGACUCUAAUACGUUUCGAUAGUUCCCGCAUUUUGGAUCAUUUUCGCAUGUGUGAAAAUCUGCGUACCCUCGUAGUUUUGGAUUACAGUCAUAGUUCCGAUUUUUCUAUUGGCGAAAGAGAGAUUGUGCAGUUGAAAUACGUUAGGACAUUAAGCUGCUUUAGUACUGGAACUAGGGCAAUUCCAAAGGAGAUAAGUGGAUUGAUUCAUUUGAGGUAUCUUGAUUUAUCGGGUCACUCGUGGUUGGGGGAAUUACCGGACACCAUGGGUAGCUUAUACAAUCUGCAAACCUUGCGACUUGUUGAUUGCGAGGGCCUCAAGAAAGUAGAUUUGGGAAGGCUAAUUAACAUGAGGCAUCUUAGUGUCCGCGGCUGUGAAAAGCUAGAGCUAAUGGGAAUAGAGAGACUAACAAAUCUGCAAACGUUAGAUGAGUUUAAUGUCCAAGAAGAUUAUGGCGGAAACGAGUUGGGACAUCUGAGAAACUUGAACCAGCUUCAAGGACGUCUUACUAUUAAAAUUCAUGGACCGAAAAUGGGAGAGAUAGAUGCGGCGAUCAUGGUGAAUAAGGAGCAACUCCGUCACUUGGUCCUAGUUGGCGGUUGGCGACGGGAUUUGAUGGCCCUACAACCACCUCCUGGUUUGGAAUCUUUGAGGGUUUAUCAUUAUAACGGCAAGCCCUUGUCGACCGAUUGGUGGUCGUCUUUACACAGCUUGAGAGUGCUUACACUUUCAGAGUGUCUCUUUUUGCCUUCUUUAGGAAAUCUGUCAUCCCUUGAAUCAUUGAAUAUUAGGAGAGUUGGUGUGAGAAAGGUAGGAGUUGAGUUUUUGGGAAUACAUGAUCAUGAUCAAUCAGACACCAACUGGAGGAGGCAAACGUCAUUCCCGAAAUUGAAGCAGCUCACCUUCGACGACAUGCCUUACUGGAAAGAGUGGGAAGGAGUGAACGAGGAUUCUGAGAAGAUGGCAGUAAUAAUGCCAUGCCUUUCCGAGUUGACAAUUUCUGGGUGCGAUUUGCUAGAAGCACUGCCGGAAUUCCUGUGGAAGACGCCACUUCAGAAACUGCACAUCAGCGGAUCUUAAUUCUCCGGAAACUAUACAGAAAAGGAACAGGUGCGCAGUGGGCCAAGAUUUCUGACAUCCCAACCAUCGAUGUUUAGAUACAGCAAGAAGAACCCUGAAGAUUGAAAAUAAGGGAUCAUUGCGUCUGAGGUUUUUUCUCAAAGAAUCCAUCUUCAAGCAGAGACUGUUCCAAGUGAAGAAAGAUUAAUGGAUCUAGCUAUCUAAUUAUUGGAGGGCACAAGGACUCAAAGAUCCGGCAUUCCACAUGUUAAACUGUCAAAGACUCAAAGAUCGAUCCAGCAGGGGCUUGUUUUCUUCGAGAUACAGGAAAUGAUGAUUCAUGGUAUAUAGCUGAAAAGAUUAUUGGUCUUCUCAACACAAGAUGGUCCUCACCCCUCAAGUUUUUCUUUUGUAGGCUGUUUGUACUGCUCACAGUGAAGUUUGAUGCAUACCUAUAUAAAGAAUAAUUACAGAUCAUGUAGUUGUCAAGCUGAUGGAAUAUUGUAUGUACCAAGGUUCGAGCUCAGUCGAGCAGCUGAGCAUCUCUUACAAGUAUAUGCAAGGCAGUGAAAAUGAGAUUUCUUGGGAGAAAGUUUGUGCUAGCUUGUGUCCCAUUCUGCUGAUCUGUAUAGGAGCAUAGGAAAUCACCAAAAAACAGCAGAAAACAUGUUCUUGAAGUAGUGACGGAACCAUGAGGGUACUGCAGGGUCACAGAUCUUCCUUAUAUUCUUCUUGGUCUGAUACGUGAACAUGACUCUGUAUCAAGUACACCCACAUUUGUACAUUUUUGGCCUAUUCAUUCCAUCCACGCUAUAUGGCCAUGAAAUUGCAGAUGGAUUGCAAUCAGCAUUUUGAGUAGAAAAUUUAGGUGAGGCCUCAACAUUGUGAUGACUAUACCUGUCAAGAGAAGAUGCAGCUCAG